UUUUUUAAAUUGCCCCUCUGCCGACACUUGAUAUGAUCAUCUUUACUCUCUCAUCUUACAAGCACGCUUGUUCCUCAUUUUGAUCUCAUAGUAUCCCCAAUCAUGCCUCUCUUCCACCAUUUUUAUUCCGAUGCCUUAUGUCACUUUUAUGGUGAGAUGCCCAGUGGAACAAGAACAACAACUGAAGCUCAUGUUAUUCCAAGCUCCAGGGUUCAACAAGACGAAGACAAAGGUGAGACUUCUUCUUUAUCAUCUUUCAAAUCUAAUUAUGAAAAGCUUCCUCAUUAUCUCAAAUCCUGUUUAGAUUAUUGUUAUGUUGUUUCCAAUAAACUUGUUAUGGAUAAGAAUAAAGGAAAUGUAGUUCGGCAAUUGUUGGCUCAAGGUCUAAUACCAGAAAAACCAGGGGAAAUUAUGGAGGAUACAGCAGAAAAUAUUAUUAACGAAUUAAUUGGCUUAGAGAUGCUUCAUGAAGGUUAUAUUUUUAGUCAGAUAGAAGUCUCCGAAUUCUAUGAAAAAUCAUGCCUAGUUGAAGUUGAGGAGCAAGAUUUCGUUUCUAAAGCUGCUACUUGGCCCAUCCAUGCAUAUAUUGUUCCGUUUGGAGAAGACCUGCCUCCUAACUUCAAAAGCCUUCUAAUUCGAUCCUUGAUUAUUGAAUUCUAUUUUCCGCGGCGUUGGCAAACCAUCUGUGGGUUGCAGUUUCUGUUGGUAUUGAAGUUGAUGAGCCUAGUAGAGUACUUACCUGAUGAAGUGGGAGAUUUGGUUCACCUCAAGUACUUAUACUUGACCCGCUUUAAAAUGAAGACGCUUCCACAAACGUUGCAUCUAGCUAAUUGUUCAAAGCUAUUCCAAGUACCUGUAGAAAUUUAUAAUAUUGAACAACUUCGGCACCUUUUGUUUGCCGAUAUCUUCGAAUAUGGUGAUGGAAUUAGAGUUCCAAGAGGUAUUGGUACAUUGGCAAAUCUUCAGACUUGCACUGGUGUCUAUGCUAGCGCUGGCAUUGCUAGUGAAUUGAGUAGUUUGACCCAACUACGAACACUUCAUGUUCGUGGAGUGUCUGAUGAUCAUGCUGGUGAGCUAUUCACAUCCAUCAUAAAACUGGAAAACCUUGUUUCCCUGUCACUAAUUGCAGAACAACCCGACGAGGGCACAUUUCUACCUGAAUUGGAACCAUUUUCUCCUCCACCUCAUCUUCAAGAGCUUGAUUUAUGUGGUGGUCUAGUUGAAAUGCCCAAUUGGCUUCCCUCUGUUGAAAACCUAACCAGUCUACAACUAUGGUAUUCUAAUCUCUUGGAGGAGCCAUUUUCAGUUCUUCAGUUUCUUCCCAAAUUAGAACAUCUUACACUUUGGGAAGCCUACGAAGCAAAGCUCAUUGAUAAAGAGUCCUGCGAGGCAGGUGGAUUUCAGAAGUUGAAAACUUUGAUAAUUGCUUCAAGGAAUCUAGUGGAGUGGACUGAAAUUGUAAAUGGGGCUUUUCCAAGUUUGAGGCGCCUUCGAUUUGACGAUUGUGAUGAGUUGAGGUUUCUGCCUGAAGGAUUACAGAAUAUUUCUACAAUUCAAGAGUUGUACGUAUCUCAUUUGCAUGGAGACCUUGCAAGGAGAUUGAAUGGUAAAGAAAAUUACAAAAUCAAACAUAUUUCAAAAUUUUAUUGGCGUGAAGAAAUUUCCUGAGGAAGUCAUUAGAAGAAGCAAGAUUUAUGAUUUACUUAUUUAAUACUUUGAUUCUCUAAUGCCCCAUCAAUACACGAAGGUAAAAAUAUCUAUCUUUUAGGAUUUAAGACGAUAGAAAAUGAUAAUAUUUGAAACUAUCUUUGUAAAAUCUUUAAGGAUUUCUUUGUAAAAUCUUUAAGGAUUCAGGAUGAUGGAAUUGCUGGUACUUUUUGAGUUUUGGAUUAUCAGGUAUGCAAGUGAUCAAAGGUUAUGGUGCU